GGACAUUGACUUUUGACUCAAUUAAGAUAAGAAAAUAAAUAGAGGGUUGUGAUUUUACUAAAGCUAAUACGUGUCUAUUUUCCAUCUGUGUGAAGGACUUGAAUCUUGAAUCUAACUGUUGUAGUACCAACCACUCAUUUAAUUUUCUUUCUUAUUUUGCACUGUAUAAAUUUUCAGGUGAAAAAAAAGAGAACGAAUUUGUGACAGAUUAUAAAAGGAAGCUCAGUGAUAUUAGUAGCAGUAUUGUACGCGUGUGGUGGGAGGUAAGAGAAAUUAUGGUCAUGGAAACUGCCAUUUGUAGCCGAGUUGCUCUUUCUCCCCAUCAAAUCCUCCAACCAAAACCUGGAGACAAGAAACCUCACCAAAAACAAUGGGCAAAUCGGAACGCGUUAAUGACAAUGCCUAUAGCAGGAGUAGGCAAAGGUGGUGGGUUGUUGGAGAAGCCUGUCAUAGAGAGAACAACUCCUGGGCGUGAAUCUGAGUUCAACGUGAGAAAAUCAAGGAAAAUGUCCCCGCCCUACCGUGUGAUGCUGCACAAUGACAAUUACAACAAGAGGGAGUAUGUUGUUCAAGUUCUCAUGAAGGUUAUCCCAGGGAUGACGGUCGACAAUGCUGUUAAUAUCAUGCAAGAGGCACAUCACAAUGGCCUGUCAGUGGUGAUAAUCUGUGCUCAAGUUGAUGCAGAAGAACAUUGCACGCAGCUAAGAGGCAAUGGUCUGCUGAGCUCUAUCGAGCCUGCCAGUGGAGGUUGUUAAGAAAAUGAACCUGAUGGGUGAUUUCUUCAUAAGCAGCAAGCAGCCUACUCUCUGCAUAGAUAUUGUACAUACAUGUUGAGAAUGGCAUAGUACCUCAUAACCUCUAGUCUGUUGAGCUGAAGUAGAACAUAUUACUGUAAACAGUAUCAGCACCAGAGACCGCCGAGUUUGUUAUACUAGAAACAUAUCAAUCAAUCAACCAUGCCUCAAUUCAAAGUAGUUGGGUCAAUCCCCAAGUAUGAAUCCUCUAUUUCUAUUAUGUUUUAUCCACGCUAAUUCAUUCGUUUGCCCUUUAUGGCUAAUGAAAGGUAUGGAUUUCUUUUCCCA